AUGUCCGGCAAGCUCUCGCGCGAGGAGUACCGCCGCCAGAAGGACCUCGAUGCCGCACGCAAGGCCGGCACGGCCGCGCCCGAGAUCGACGCCGACGGCAAUGCCAUCAACCCGCACAUUCCCGAGUACAUGUCCAAGGCGCCAUGGUACCUCGACCAGACGCCCGGCCGUGCAGGCCUGAAGCACCAGAAGAAGCCCGACGACGGCAAGGUACGCCCGGGCCUCGACUCGGCGGCGCUGCGGGGGCAGAAGGUGCAGGCGGCGACCAAGUUCCGCAAGGGUGCGUGCGAGAACUGCGGCGCCAUGUCGCACAAGACGCGCGACUGCCUCGAGCGUCCGCGCCGCAAGGGCGCACGCUGGACGGGCCGCGACAUUGCGCCCGACGAGGUGGUGGCGCGCGGCGGGCCCGAGGACUACGACUCGAAGCGCGACCGCUGGGCCGGCUACGACCCGGCCGAGCACCGCCGCGUGCUCGCCGAGUACGAGGCCGUCGAGGCGGAGCGGCGGCGCCUGCGCGAGGAGGCGCUCGACCAGCAGACGAGCAGCGACGUGGGCGCGGCCAAGAAGCUGGCCAAGAAGGAGAAGAAGCGCAGCGGCGAGGACGGCUUCGGCAGCUCCGACUCGGACGACGACGACGAGGACAAGUACACGGAGAAGGCCAACAUGCCCGGGCAGAAGAUCAACACCGACACGCGCAUCACGCAGCGCAAUCUACGCAUCCGCGAGGACCGCGCAAAGUACCUCUACAACCUCGACCUCGACUCGGCCUACUACGACCCCAAGACGCGCAGCAUGCGCGAGGCGCCCGACCCGAGCGUGCGGCCAGAGGACGCCGAGUUCGCCGGCGACAACUUCCAGCGCGCACAGGGCGACACGCUCAAGAUGCAGCAGCUGCAGCUCUUCGCCUGGCAGUCCGAGGCACGCGGCAACGACGUGCACCUGCAGGCGAACCCGACCGUCAACGAGCUGCAGCACCGCGAGUACACGCAGAAGAAGGAGAAGCUGCGCGAGAGCACAAAGGGCAGCAUUCUCGAGCGCUACGGCGGCGCCGAGCACUUCGACAACGUGCCGAAGGAGCUGCUCAGCGGCCAGACGGAGGAGUACGUCGAGUACAGCCGCACCGGCCAGCCUGUGCGCCCGAUGCACCGCGUCACAGCCGUGCCGGCAAGCGAGCUCGAGCGGCCGCAGCUCUACGACGGCAACCACACGAAGCCGUGGGCGACAUUCUUCGACGCAGAGACGGGCAAGUACGGCUACGACUGCUGCCACUCGACGGUGCGCAACUCGUACUGCACGGGCAAGGCGGGCAUCGAGGCCGUCGCCGCCAGCGCAGGCCUGCUCACCGGCAAGGCAAAGCAGCCCGAGGCGAGCAAGGAGAAGGGCAAGGGCCGCGAGAGCGAUGCGCGUGCGUCAGGCUCGAAGCGUCGGGCACGCUCGUCAUCGACAUCCAGCUCAGGCAGCUCGUCGAGUGGCUCGGACUCGUCAAGCAGCAGCAGCGGCAGCAGCAGCAGCAGCAGCGACGACUCGCGGCGCAAGCGCAAGCGCAGCCGCAGGCACGCCUCGUCGCGCGAGAAGAGCAAGAAGAGCGCCGUCGAGGGCUACCGGCCGGCGAAGCACAUGGGCGAGGGCGACGUCUCGGCUCGGCUGGACAAGGAGAAGCUCAAGGAGGCGCUGCGCAGGGAGAAGGGCAGCCGCGAGGAGCAGCGCAGCAGCAAGAGCAAGCCGGACUGGCUCAGCGAGGCAGAGGCGAUCCGCAGCAAGAACGACAAGCACGCCUCGCUGCGCGCCCAGGACGCAGACGUCACCGAGGAGCAGCUCGAGGCGUACCGCAUGGCGAGCACCAAGUACGAGGACCCGAUGGCCAACUACAAGGACGAGGAGGCCUAG